ACCUGGCGGUCCAGACAUGUUGACCUGAUCCAGAAUGGCCGGUCCGACCAACAGCAGCUGGGCUCUGAUGGACCAGCUCCUCCCGGCCGGUGAUGUCCGGGACUACGAGGUUCCUCCGGAGGAGAUCCCAGACACCACCCAGGGCCGGGCCUUCUUUGUGGCCACCAUCGUCAUCGCUGUGGUCCUGGUGGGCAUCAUGCUGGUCUGCGGGGUGGGAAACUGUCUGUUCAUCGCCAGCCUGGCCCGCUUCAAGCAGCUCCGAAACAUCACCAACCUGCUGAUCGCCAGCCUGGCCGUGUCGGACGUGCUGGUGGCGGCCGUGUGCUGCCCCUUCCUGCUGGACUACUACGUGGUGAAGAAGCUGUCGUGGAGCCACGGCCUGCUGCUCUGCGCCUCCAUCAACUACCUCCGCACCGUCUCGCUCUACGUGUCCACCAAUGCGCUGCUGGCCAUCGCUGUGGACAGGUACAUGGCGAUCGUCUACCCGCUGAGGCCUCGCAUGAAGCACCAGACGGCGUACUGCGUGAUCCUGACCAUUUGGAUCGUCCCCGUCUUCAUCUCCAUCCCCUCCGCCUACAUGGCCUCAGAGACCACGUACCCCCAUGUGGAAGGCGACACCCAUAAGACCUUCUGUGCUCAGAUCUGGCCUGUGGACCAGCAGAUCUACUACCGCUCCUACUUCCUCCUCGUCUUCGCUCUGGAGUUUGUGGUCCCCGUGGCCGUCAUGGCCGUCUGCUACACGCAGAUCUCCAAAGAGCUUUGGUUCAAAAGUGUCCCGGGUUUCCAGACGGAGCAGAUCAGGAAGAGGCUCCACCGGCGUCGCAGGACGGUGGUGGUGUUGAUUCUGGUGCUGGUGGCCUACAUCCUGUGCUGGACACCGUACUACGCCUUCGCCCUAGUGCGGGACUUCUACCCCACCCUCAUCUCCAGGGAUAGGAACUCCCUGGUGGCCUUCUACAUCAUCGAGUGCAUAGCCAUGAGCAACGGGGUCAUCAACACCCUGUGCUUCGUCAGCGUCCGCAACCACGGCAAGCGCCUGAAGAAGGCGGGGCAGUUCCCGCUGGGGCUCAUCAGUUUCGUGGCCAGGAAGUCUUUGGAUGAAGGGGAGGCACGGACGUGCUCCCUGAAGGUGACGGAGGACGUGGAGGGACUUCGGCUGAGGUGAAGAUUGGACUUCUGCUGGUUCUGAGAGUGCUGCAGUUGCACCUGAGUUUGGUUACUGUGGACC